GCAGGCUUAUGGAGACCCGACGGGAGAAUCGCAACAUCCAUGAUAACCAGCGCCGCGAAUUGGCAGCGAAGUACGAGCUUAAGCACAAGCUGUUCAAGGCGUUCCUGAGGGAUCCUGCUCUCCCCGCCGAGGCUCGGGAACAAAUGCAGUUGAAGCUUGCCAAGUUGCCCAGAAACAGCUCCUUCACGCGCAUCAGAAACCGCUGCAUCUUCACCGGCCGCCCUCGUGGAGUGUACCAGCUCUUCCGGAUGUCCCGUAUCGUUUUCCGCGAACUGGCUUCCCGAGGUGCUCUCAACGGCAUUAAGAAGGCGUCUUGGUAGAGAAGAGAGUUCCUCAGCCUUGGAAGCUCAUUUGAAGCUCAUUUCUGUGGCCUAUGUUGAUUUCAUCAAGUUUUGGCUAUUGGCUAAUCUAGUAGUUUAAAGUAGUCUGGACUCUGGAUGUAGAAUAUGUUGCAUCUUAAAGAAAUUUCCAUUCUGUUAA